AAGGGACUUCCCCAACGGCCUGGUCUUGGGUCACAGAAGAGAUUCCGUUCCGCAUUGUCGUCCUCGGCCCGCCAUCAGAAGCAGAAUCUGCACAGUCCCCAGGACUUGACCGCGCGUACGUUGCUCCUCGUGGGCCGUGAGUUCCAGGAUUUGCUCAUGGCUGCGUGACCCGCCCGCAGCGUCAUCCGCCGCCCCACGUCACGAGCCGAGCCUCGAGUGCUUGAUCGCCUUGUUCUUGCCUCGCAAGCACUAAACAGCUGCCGACUGUCUUUCUACUUUGCUUCGCACAAUACCUUCAAGUUACCUCCACAAGCGAAGGGCCGAACGGCGACUCCAUGCCACUCUUGUGCGGCGUUCUCAGCAAGAUACGACGGUCUUGAUUCUGCCCACGCUUUCGGCGGAUGACGUAGCGUGGCACAACAGUGCUGCUUCGCCGCCAAAAUGCUCGACGAAAACCUGCCAACCUUUUUCUACAGACCUUCAUCCUCUGACCCGCUUCAGACGGUGCUGGCCUUCACACAGAACGGCUCAGAGAACGCGGCAGAGUACCUCUUCCGGAAAGCAGACCCCGCACUGCCAGAAUCCAAGAACAAAUACGCCUCGGCCCUCUCAGACGCCGUAAAUCCAAGCAUCCUCUUCGCCGAAGUCGUCAUCAGCCCGGAAUGGACACAGCCCACGCUCUCGGCCGCCGAGAUCCGGGCCAACAAUGGCGUGCCCCCGCCGCAGGUCCCCAUGAUCCCUGAGGCCUUCACCAUCCAGCUGUACAACCCAGACCAGCAGGUCGCCAUCAAGGGCGAGAAGAGCACCUGGACGGGCAAGGAAUCCUGGGAUUUUGAGAUGCCCCAGGUCAGCUUCCUCAAGCCCUCGAGCUCCGCGAUUGACCAGUCCGCGGAUCUCGACACCAGCAACAACCCGAGCAUCCCAAAGAUCAUGUUUCGGUGGAAGCGCGACUCCAAAUUCUCAAAGGACAUGACGUGCUACAUGACUGGCCGCUCCGUGCACGGCCGCAAGAGCAAGGAGCCCGACAUCACCGUCGCCAUGUUCAAGUGCGGCGGCCGCGAGCAGUCGCUCACCAUCUACGAGCCCAACCUGCAGCGCGUCGAGGUCGAGGACCGCAAGGGGCUCGAGGUUGUCCUGCUCCUGGGUGCCGAGGUCAUCCGCGAGAUCUAUCUCUUCCCCAGCCGCGACUCGUUCAAUAUCUCGGGAGCGACGCCCGCGACGAGACGCAAGAAUUCCCGCCCAAUAUCUCCUGCUCAGGCAGGCUCAACAGCAAAGGCCAACGGCUACGCAAUGAGUGGCGCCGUGAUGACCGGCGAUGUCCCACCUGCAGGCAAGACAGGAUCACCAGUUGCUGGCCAGCAGUCUUCUACAAACUCUCGGCCGAAUCCUGAGGUCGAGGCCGAAACCCGGCGGCUACAGGCCAUGGUCGAGCAGGAGAAGAGAGACAAGGAGAAGCGGGACCGCGAAGAGCAAAAGCGAAUCAAGAAGCUGCUCGAGGAGGAAGAGAAGGAACUCAAGCGGAAAGAUGCAGAGGUGGCCAAGGAGACGGAGCGGCUACGUAAGCUAUAUGGCAUGGAGGGCCAAGAUUAUGGCCCAAAGCCAAACCUGCCGCCUCGUCCGAGUGGCGGAAACCAGGGACAGCCAAACAAUUACCACAACAGUAACUACGGCGCCGGCCCUUCGAGGAUGAAUGUCACCUGGAACAACAUGCAAGCGCCGGCCAGACCGGUCAGCGCUGGCCCGCCACCUAAGCCAUCGGGUAGCGGGUUCAGUCGGUUUUUCCACAGCUCCGGAGAUCACUAUGCCCUCCCCAACCACCAUCGACAGCAGUCGCAGCCUCAGCAGCCGCAACAAGAACCGCCAAAGUCGAGCAGGAGGAGGAAAAGCGACGAGGGGGCGAAGAUCAAGAAGAAGAAGAGCGGGUUCUUUUGAGCUGGCCGACGCUGAAUCAUGAUACAGCAUCAGCUUCGGGUGUUUGUAUAUGUGGCAUGGCAGGUCGUGGUAUAUACCGCAUAUAGCCGCUGGAUGUGUCGGGAUAGCGUUGCUUUAGAAAUUGAUACCCAUCACAAGAUGAUGUCUUCUUUGAAAAGGCAUCCUAGAAAGGAUACACCAGGCACUGUAUACAUGUAUGCCGUGUGUGAUUCUCUUGAGGUUUUUGGUGGCUGUGAUGGCCGUUUCUCGGCAGAGCCUGCAACUAGUCCGCACUGGCAAUCCAGGCGAACCAUUGGUGUUGUCAUCGCUUGAUUAGCCUGUUGAAUGGGAGUAAGCGACCAUGUAAAGUAAUGCAGAUCUUCUAGAUCGGAGCUGC